CACCGACUCUGGAUCCCAACUGUUCCAACAGCUCAGAAGACUGGAACACCUUUUACUUCAACUCCUCAAGGGACCCCCAAUGCCUCCAAUACCCACCCUACCACUACACCCAACAGAAUAUCACCUAUGUGGACUUGUACCUCCACGAGCCCUCGGUGGCGGUAGUCUUCAUUGUGUCCUACCUGUUCAUCUUCCUGGUCUGUAUGGUGGGGAAUGGUGUGGUGUGUUUCAUCGUGCUGCGUAGCAAGAAUAUGAGGACAGUCACCAACCUCUUCAUACUCAAUCUGGCUAUUAGUGAUUUGUUGGUUGGCAUAUUCUGUAUGCCCACUACCCUGGUGGACAACAUCAUAACAGGCUGGCCUUUUGGAAGUUUAGUGUGUAAGCUGAGUGGGAUGGUUCAAGGCAUAUCAGUGUCAGCUUCAGUCUUUACUCUGGUGGCAAUAGCUGUGGACAGGUUCCGCUGCAUCGUGUACCCCUUCAAGCAGAAGCUGACCAUCUCCACCUCCAAGCUGAUCAUUGUCAUCAUCUGGGUCCUGGCUAUCUCCAUCAUGUGUCCUUCAGUGGUCAUGCUCCAGGUGACCAAGGAGCAGCGUGUCCUGAUUCUACUGGGGGACGACUACAACAACACACGCCCAAUCUACUGGUGCCGUGAGAACUGGCCCAAUCAGGAAAUGAGGAAGAUCUACACCACCGUCCUCUUUGCUAACAUCUACCUAGCCCCACUGUCACUCAUUGUCAUCAUGUACGUCCGCAUCGGAUUCACACUCUUCAAGAUGGCUGUACCCACCUCAGGCCGUGGAAUCAGUAGUGGCAGCAGCGGUGGGACGAAGCCCGGCCUGGACAACCACCGUCAGACGGUGUCGAAGAAGAAGAAGAGGGUGAUCAAGAUGCUGCUGAUGGUGGCAUUGCUUUUCAUCCUGUCGUGGCUGCCGCUCUGGACGUUGAUGAUGCUGAGUGACUACGCCAGCCUGACAGCGAGCCAGCACCGUGUCAUCAACAUCUACGUGUACCCGUUGGCCCACUGGCUGGCCUUCUUCAACUCCUCCGUCAACCCCAUCAUCUACGGCUUCUUCAAUGAGAACUUCCGCCGGGGGUUCGAGGCCGCGUUUAAGUUCCAGCUGUGCGUCGCCUACGUGGAGCGCCAGAUGAUCUACUCGCGUCGUAUCCAAGGCAACGCAGUGUUACCUGAGAACCUGCAUCUGCCCACCAGGCCCGGCUCGGCAGGGUCAGGAUUGGCUUUGGUGAACGGGAAGGGGCUGGGCCAGGAGGAAGUUGUCGGGCGGACGUCAGGCGAGAGGUCGUCGGGGAGCAACAUGAAGGAGCAUGAUCUGAUCAUGGAGGAUCUGGAGAAGGUAUCCCAGAUUUAAACAUGUCAUACUGUAUGUGCCAUUGGGACAUGUAUUCAGAUAACCUGGAGAUUGUAUCCCAUAUUUAAAAAUUACAGUUAAACAUUUGUACUGUUGCAUGAACUGUAAUACACAUACAUGUAAUGUACCUAUAUUGUGCAAUAUACAUUAAGGGCACAGAGAGGACACAGGCGGUGGGUGUUCCAAAUUGCACCAUAUUGCAUUACUUUUUACCAGGGCCCAUUUGGGACGCAGACGCUGUGAAGGUAUUAUAUCAGAGAGUCAAACCAACCACAUAGAGAGAGGCCCUUGAGGGUAAACUUGACUCUUUAGGAAUAUUUUAAAAUAUGAUUCUUUCCCCACAGCACAAUAUCUUGUUGUGUUGGUUUAUUAUGUGAUUAGUCACCCAUUUACAUCUUGGUAUAGCAUAAGCAUGUACU